AUGGGUCAUUGUCUAAGCGGGGCCCGGCGGUUCACAGCCUUUUUUUCUCCGUUGCGUUGCCCCUCUAAACCUUCGGUCUCUUUGUCUUUGAUACCUCGCGCCUCCUUUAGUAAAUCGCGAUCACUUUCCUCAAUCAUGGCGUCCGCGGCUUCCCUCCCCGCCUCUGUUGAGGCCCUCACCCUCCAAUCCACGGCACAGACGUCUCAGUUCACCGGCUGCUUCCCGACACUGAACCCAAUGGACAUCUACCGUGAGCAUAUCGCGGUGGAGCUGGGCAAGGCCGCUGGCAUUGAUGCUCAGAAGAUCUAUUCGCGCAUUGCAUGGACCAAGACUUUGGACCAGGGUGAUCUUUCAUUGCCGGUUGCCUCUCUUCAGAUCAAACAGAACCCGAUCGAGCUUGCUAAAGAGCUUGCCUCCAAGUUCCCCGAGUCCAACCUCAUUCAGCCCCCGGUUGCGCUUGGUCCUCAUCUCCAAUUCUUCUGCAAGCGCCAGCCAUUGACCAGCACCGUUCUUGGUCGUAUCCUGAAGGAGAAGGCUGCCUAUGGAACGAAUGGCAACCAGGGUCAAAAGGACCCGUCCGACCCCUCAAAGGGCCAGAAGAAAAUCAUCAUCGAGUUCUCGUCGCCCAACAUCGCCAAGCCCUUCCACGCUGGUCACCUGCGCAGUACUAUCAUCGGUGGUUUCCUCGCAAACAUCUACACAGUCAUGGGGUGGAAUGUGAUUAAGAUGAACUACCUGGGUGACUGGGGUAAGCAGUACGGUCUACUGGCCAACGGCUUCAAAUACUUCGGUAACGAGGAGGCUCUUGUCAAGGACCCUAUCAACCAUCUGUUCGAUGUCUACGUCAAGGUCAACCGUCUGGUCAGCGAGCAGGAGGGACCGAUCAAGGAGCUGAAGGAGCAGAUCAAGGCGAAGAAGGAGAAGAGCGAGGACGUUACUGAUCUGGAGGCACAGCUUGCCAAGCUUGUGGAUGUGAGCGAGGACGAGAAGGCCCGUCGCUACUUCAAGAGCAUGGAGGACAGUGACCCCGAGGCUCUUGCUCUCUGGCGCAAGUUCCGUGAUCUCAGCAUUGAGAAGUACAAGCAAACUUAUGCCCGUCUCAACAUCGACUUCGAUGUCUACUCCGGCGAGUCUCAAAUCAAGUCUGAGAGCAUGAGUGAGGCCUACAAGCUUAUGGAGAAGGCUGGUGUUUCCGAGCAGUCCGAGGGUGCUGUGAUUGUGGACUUCACCAAGCACGGUGCCAAGAAGCUUGGCAAGGCUAUCAUUGUCCGCAAGGAUGGCACUCCUCUUUACCUGACCCGCGAUAUCGGUGCCAUCACUGAGCGUGAUCAGGAAUACCACUUCGAUAAGAUGAUCUACGUCGUUGCUGCCCAGCAGGAUCUCCACCUUGCUCAGCUCUUCAAGGUUACCGAACUUAUGGGCCACAAGGACCUGGCUUCCCGCUGCCAGCACAUCAACUUCGGUAUGGUCCGUGGUAUGAGCACCCGUAAGGGCACCGUCAAGUUCUUGGAUGACAUCUUGCGUGAUGUUGGUGACAAGAUGCACGAGGUCAUGAAGAAGAACGAGGUGAAGUACGCUCAGGUCGAGGAUCCUGAGAAGACUGCCGACAUUCUGGGUAUCACCUCCGUUAUGGUGCAAGACAUGACUGGCAAGCGUGUUAACGGCUAUGACUUCAACCUUGAUGCCAUGACAUCCUUCGAGGGUGACACCGGCCCAUACCUGCAGUACGCUCACGCUCGUCUGUGCUCGAUGGCUCGCAAGUCCGAGUUGGAUGUCAACGAGUUGGUCAACGCCAACUUCGAUCUCUUGACCGAGCAGCAUGCGCUUGACCUUGUCCGUCUGUUGGCCCAGUGGCCCGAUGUACUCUUGCAAACCGCCAAGACUCUCGAGCCGAUCACCGUCCUCAGCUACCUGUUCCGCAUGACACAUAUGCUGAGCUCUAGCUACGAUGUGCUCAAGGUUAUUGGCAGCGAGCCCGAUGUCAAGCAGGCGCGUAUGGCUCUCUAUGCCGCGGCUCGCCAGGUCCUGAACAACGGCAUGCGGGUUCUCGGCCUCAGCCCCGUUGAGCGGUUAGUACUUCUCCUUAUCCCCAAAAAUAUGCACGCACUAACCGGAUGCCUCUAG